CGAGGACGCGCCGCGGCCGGAGGGAGUAUGCUUGGCCGUGACAAUGGAUUUAUUUGCAUCAGAUACUCUUAUAUGAAAAGAUCACAAUUCCAAAGAGCCUAAAACUUAUUUCAUCUUCUGGAACAGUAUGGCAGGCUUCAAACGAGGAUAUGAUGGAAAAAUUGCAGGAUUGUAUGACUUGGAUAAAACUUUGGGCAGAGGUCAUUUUGCUGUGGUCAAACUUGCUCGACAUGUCUUCACGGGUGAAAAAGUAGCAGUCAAAGUAAUUGACAAGACCAAGCUGGACACUCUGGCCACAGGGCAUCUUUUCCAAGAAGUUAGGUGCAUGAAACUUGUACAGCAUCCCAAUAUUGUACGGCUGUAUGAGGUGAUUGACACCCAGACUAAGCUCUAUCUUAUCUUAGAGCUAGGUGAUGGGGGAGAUAUGUUUGAUUACAUCAUGAAACAUGAAGAAGGCCUGAAUGAGGAUCUUGCAAAAAAAUACUUUGCUCAAAUAGUUCAUGCUAUAUCCUACUGCCAUAAACUGCAUGUAGUUCACAGAGACUUAAAACCAGAGAAUGUGGUCUUCUUUGAAAAACAAGGACUUGUGAAAUUGACUGAUUUUGGCUUCAGCAACAAAUUUCAGCCCGGAAAGAAGCUCACCACAAGUUGUGGAUCUCUUGCAUAUUCUGCUCCGGAGAUUUUACUUGGGGAUGAAUACGAUGCACCAGCAGUGGAUAUAUGGAGUCUGGGAGUCAUCCUUUUUAUGUUGGUGUGUGGACAGCCGCCAUUUCAAGAAGCAAAUGACAGUGAAACUCUGACCAUGAUCAUGGACUGCAAAUACACAGUGCCACCUCAUGUGUCCAAAGAAUGUAAAGACCUAAUUACCCGGAUGUUGCAGCGAGACCCAAAGCGAAGGGCAUCUCUGGAAGAGAUAGAAAACCACGCGUGGCUCCAAGGAGUUGACCCGUCUCCUGCGACCAAGUACAACAUCCCCCUGGUGUCGUACAAAAACCUGUCCGAGGAGGAGCACAACAGUAUAAUCCAGCGCAUGGUGCUCGGCGAUAUAGCGGACCGAGACACCAUCGUGGAGGCUUUGGAAACAAACAAAUACAAUCACAUCACUGCUACUUACUUCUUGCUGGCUGAAAGGAUCCUGAGAGAAAAACAAGAGAAGGAAAUUCAGACCAGAUCUGCAAGCCCUAGCAACAUCAAAGCUCAGUUCAGGCAGUCGUGGCCAACGAAGAUUGACGUACCCCAGGAUCUGGAGGACGACCUGACAGCUUCUCCGCUCUCGCACGCAGCCGUUCCCCAGCCUCCAGCUCGCGCGGCCGACAACGUUCUCAACGGCCACAGGAACAAGGCCCUUGGGGACGCGGCCAAGAAGGAGGACAUCCCGGAGCUGGCUGGCCCCGCGCUGGCCGUCGUUCCACCGGUGAGCUUAAAACCCACGACGAGCGGCCGAAAGUGCUUGUUCAGGGUGGAGGAAGAUGAAGAGGAGGACGAGGAGGAUAAGAAGCCUAUUUCUCUCUCUACUCAAGUCGUUUUGCGCCGUAAGCCGUCGGUCACAAACCGCCUGACGUCGCGGAAGAGCGCGCCGGUCCUCAACCAGAUCUUCGAGGAGGGGGAGUCGGAUGAUGAGUUUGACAUGGACGAGAACCUGCCCCCGAAGCUGAGCCGCCUAAAGAUGAACAUCGCCUCGCCCAGCACCGUGCACAAGCGCUACCACCGGCGGAAAAGCCAGGGCCGCGGCUCGAGCUGCAGCAGCUCGGAGACGAGCGAUGACGACUCCGAAAGCCGGAGGCGCCUGGAUAAAGACAGCGGCUUCACGUACUCCUGGCACCGGCGGGACAGCAGCGAGGGGCCCCCGGGCAGCCAGGGGGAUGGCGGCGGGCAGAGCAAGCCGAGCAACGGCAGCGGAGGGCUGGACAGGAGCGGCCCGAGCGAGGGCAGCAAGGGCGGCGGGAGCCCGUCCGGGAGCGCCGGCGGCGGCGCUGGCAGCACGGCCGGCUCCACGCGCCGCUGCGCGGGGCCCGGCGGCUCCGUGCAGCUCUCGGCCAAGAGCGCGGGCGACCUGGUCGAGAGCCUCAAGCUCAUGAGCCUUUGCUUGGGUUCGCAGCUCCACGGCACCGCUAAGUACAUUAUCGAUCCGCAGAGCAGCCUGGCGUUUUCCAGCGUGAAAGUGCAGGAGAAAUCCAUGUGGAAAAUGUGCAUCAGCUCCAGCGGGAGCGCGAGCCAGGCCCCGUCGCUGGGCAGCCUCAAGUUCUUUUCCGAGCGGAUGUCAGACGCAGCCAACGAGUUGGAACGGAUAAAGAGCAGGAACUUGAAAAAUAACGUGCUACAACUACCUCUGUGUGAAAAGACGAUCUCGGUGAACAUCCAGCGGAGCCCCCAGGAGGGGCUGCUCUGCUCCUCCACGCAGCCCAGCUGCUGCCACGUCAUUUGAGAGCUCCCCCACCGACAGCCCCGGUCUUCCCCCUCAGAGCUGUGACCCUCGCUCAACUCCCCUCUGUUGUCUUAAUAUUUUUCAGUGGGCUUUGAGCAGUUAUUUAUUACAUUUUAAUUUUGUGUUUGCUUGAUGGUAUGACAAUGCAUGGUCUUUGCAUGCUGCUAGCCAAUAUGUUUUUCUUUCCCGACAGAGCAGACUAUUUUAUUGUGUAAUUUUUACAUUUAUAAUUUUACUAUGGAAGAUCUGGAUUAAAUUGAGUAUAUCUGGAUCCUAAUGUAAAUGGAGCACUUACUUAGAAGUUCAUGUUCUGCACUUAAACUAGAGUAAGAGAAGCUUUUGUUUGCUUGUGAAAUGUUAAUUCUUGUUCUGACCUUCUGUGCUAUCUACACUACGUGCUGUGUGGCAUAUACUUCUAUGUGUCUGAAAGAGAACCAAAGCAAUAAUGUUUUGAUGCUGAAAACUCCUCAGGGAGCUUUCAGAUGUUCCAAGGCUUGUACAAAGCAAAGAUGCACUGAAAAAUUAGUGAUCUUGAAAUAAGAUUUUAAACCCACACCUAUUUGUCUUAAGCUAUGAUGUGGAUAAAGUUGUGGCUCAAAAAUCAAACUGAAAAGAUCUUGUUUUGC